GCCGCUCUUUGGGCGCAGAGAGAGAGAGAGAGAGAGAGAUCAGUCAGAGUGGAGCCGAGCCGAGCCGAGAUAAUCCCUGCGCAGACUGUUUGUGGUGUAUCAUGAGGAUAGGUCUGGCUGUGUGUGUGUUUUUUUGUUUUUGCCCUUGAAAUUCUGUUUUCAUUUUUAAUGGGCUUCGGGUGCGCGCGCUCUCCUCCGCGUCCCAUUGAUUAACUCCGGCUUUGUGCGCGCGGCCGAGCGCGAGCUCCGAACUCGCGCAGCAACUUCGUCACGUGCGCUUUGCCUUAACACACACACACACGCACAUCUUACAUCGCGGUGAGGAUCCGCAGAGGCGAGCGGCAUUAUGAGUGAGCAGAGUAUCUGUCAGGCUCGGGCUGCCGUUAUGGUGUACGACGACGCCAACAAGAAAUGGGUCCCGGCUGGGGGUUCCACGGGUUUCAGCAGAGUCCACAUCUAUCACCACACGGGGAACAACGCCUUCCGCGUGGUCGGCCGUAAAAUUCAGGACCACCAGGUGGUGAUCAACUGUGCCAUUCCCAAGGGGCUGAAAUAUAACCAGGCAACACAGACGUUUCAUCAGUGGCGCGACGCACGGCAGGUCUACGGCCUUAACUUUGGCAGCAAGGAGGACGCGAACGUUUUCGCCAGUGCCAUGAUGCAUGCUCUGGAGGUGCUCAACUCUCAGGAUGCAGGCCCCACGUUGCCAAGACAGAGUCCUCAGGUGCAGAACGGCCCCUCGCCAGAGGAGUUGGAAAUGCAGAGACGGCAGCUGCAGGAGCUGCAACGUCAGAAGGAGCAAGAGCGCGAGCGCCUUGAGAGAGAGCGCCUCGAGCGUGAACGCCAUGAGCACCUUGAGCGCGAACGGCUUGAGCGGGAGCGCCUUGAGCGGGAGCAAAUCGAGAGAGAACGGCAGGCACGAGAGAUGCUGGAGCGUGAGCAUCAGGAACGUGAGCGGCAGGAACGCGAGCGCCAGGAACACGAGCGUCUGGAGAGAGAUCGUGCAGAGCAGGAGCGUCUGGAGAUCGAACGUGCUGAAAGCGAGCGGUUAGAGCGCGAGCGCGCUGACCGGGAAAGGCUGGAGAGAGAACACCGGGAACAGAUAGAAAGAGAGGACUCGGACAGAGGACGACGCAUCUCCAACGCUGCCUUUGAAAGUACCCUCCAAACCCCUCCACCUCUAGAAUGCAACAAGAAUUCCACCUCUUCACCGGUUUCCCCUUCCAUCCCCAACUACCCUCCUCCUCCUUCCUCACCCUCUGCCGUCCCACCUCCUACCCCGCCAUUGCGCCAUUCUGCCUCGCGUUUUGCCACCUCAAAAGGCUCUGCCUUCCACCCAGUCCUACCUCAUUAUGCCACCAUCCCCCGGCGGCACCCAGCUCAGUCUGCACCCUCAGCUCAUCCUCCUGCCCCAGCCUCUAAAACCGCGUUCUGCCAGUCCACCAAUUUCACACCCUUACCUCCAUCGCCCCCGGUCAUGAUCAGUAGUCCCCCUGGCAAAGCCACUGGCCCUCGGCCUGUCAUUGCAGUUCCAGCCUCCAGCCCUCUUUUCUCCUCCUCAUCCACAGCGCCCAAUGGCCAUCCGGUCACCAGUCCAUACCAUGCCUCCUCCCCAGUUUUGGGACAGCCCCUUCCAUCACCUCCACCUCCUCCCCUGCCACCUCACUGCUUGCCCCAGUUCACCACCUCCAUGACCCCCUAUUUGUCCUGUGCAUCCACCCAGCCUCCUGUUGUCCCUUCUCCUUCUACAGCCUGCCCUGCCAAUGCUGAUUGCUCUGUAAACUCGGUGCUGGGGGACCUCUCUGCUCCAGAGCCGGAUUCAGUGCAGGCUGUCCCCACCGUGCCUCCUCCCCCCCCUCUCCCACCCGUCUCCACUGUGACCCCUACUUCUGCUGGAGCCCCUCCCCCUCCUGGCCCACCUCCACCUCCCCCUCUCCCUACCACACUUACCCCCACAGGUCCGCCUCCUCCCCCUGGGCCACCUCCACCUCCUUCUGGCCAGGCCCCGCCUCCUGCUCCUCCUCCACCUCCAGCGCCGCCUCUGCCCGCUGGUCUUUUUACUCCUUCACCCACUGGCGACGACAAACAACCCUUCUCCGGCCUGGCCGCUGCUCUUGCAGGCGCCAAGUUACGGAAAGUGUCGAGGAAUGAAGAGCCGUCUAGUGCAGCUGCUGGAGGUGUGGUGGCUCCUGGUGCCGCCAAGCCAGAGGCUGCUCGAGGUAAUGGUCCUCUGCCUGGAGGAGGAGGAGGAGGAGGUCUCAUGGAGGAGAUGAGUGCCCUACUGGCUAGGAGAAGACGAAUCGCGGAGAAAGGAUCAUCACCAGAACCUGAGCAGAAAACGGAAGAAAUCGAAGCAACCGUUACUCCAAAACUGUCUGCCUGUAGCACACCAGAUAUGCCCAGAAAGCCCUGGGAGAGGACUAACACCAUAAACGGUAGCAAGUCACCGGUUAUUGGAAGACGCGAUGCACCAUGGAGAAAUCAGACGAGUACUGAAAAGUACUGCGAAUCCUUGAACAGGACGAGGUCUACGCCCACUCCUACUGGACCUCUAAGUGCCAAUGGAGUGCCAACAGAAACUCUGGACUACGAUAGAUUGAAACAGGAUAUACUGGAUGAGAUGAGGAAGGAACUAUCAAAGCUGAAAGAAGAACUUAUUGACGCGAUCAGGGAGGAGUUGGGCAAGUCCAACACUGCAUAGGAAACCACAACUAUUUCCCAACCAUGGUCCAUCACUCCAGGCCAGCUUCAGUUCUGACACUUUCUAAAAAAAAAAAAAAAAAAAAGAAAAGAAAUGCAGCAGCAAUGGACGUUUUUACAAAAGUAUUUUGAACUCAUGGUGAUAACAAUAACCUUGUUAAUUCUGAAGAAGCGGUAGAUGGCGAUGCCAUUUUAGGGCUACAAGUAACAAGCAGAGAUGCCAUAGGUGUGAUUUCAGGCUGUGAAAUUUCCCCCUCGUUGUUCCAGCUGGAGGGUGGGAUGCAGCCUUUAUAAACAAGUGAAUGUCAAUAUGCAAAAGAUUUCUCUAUCAUAGAAAGAUGAGCAGUCGUUUUAAGGAGGAUGAAAACAACCUGUUACUAAACUGUAUACUGUAACAAUUGAAGAGUGACUGUAUUUUUCCAGCAGGUGACGUUGAUUAUUCGGCACAUUUGCUUAGCAAAGGGCAAUCCUUUUGGUCAGAUUAGCGUGAAGUAGAGCUUAGCUUAGCCUAGCCUGCUUUGUGUUAUUGAGGAAAACCUUUAGUCAGGCCAAACAAGCAGCUGAAGGACUGGGUGCAGCUUCGUGCUGCAGAACUUCGUAAAGCUCGUCUUCCUGAAAUCAUUAUAACCCGAAUAUGUACUUUAAAGACAAACUAGAUAUUCUUCAACUCAUUUAAUUACAUCUGUUCUAAUAUAUUCCAUGGCCAUAUGAAGUAGCGUAGUCCUGCUAUCUUGGGAUAGUCAGCAUCAGUUUUGGUAAUUACCCAGGUACAUUCAGAGAAAUGAGUGGAACUCUGUCUCCUAAACCACUGUAUAACAUUAAUGACCUUUGUCUUGUAUGUGGGGGGGAGAAUGGUUUGGAAUGAUCGGGUGAGAUGAUGCCUCUCUACUGUAAUUCAUUGUAGCUUUGUACCAAAUCUUCUCAGUCAAAAUGAUGGGUGAAUGCUAAUAUCACCAAGACUGCAUCUGUAGAUAGUGAUGAGGUUUUUUGUUGGGUUUUUUUUUUUCUUUUUUUUUUUUCCUUUUUAAUGACGUUUCUUGGUCCACUGCAGGCUCUUCUCUUCUUUCUUUUGAUUUUAGUGCAUGUCUUAUUCUGAAUGCUAUGGGAAAUCUUGCUGCCACGAAAAAGAAAUAGUUUAUUGUUUUGAAUUUAUAAGCAAUAAGUGUAGCACUGACACUCUGUUCUCCCCCCAUGUGCAUUUUCUUAUUUCCUGUAAUCAUGUAUUACCCCAGUGACGAAUGAGUGACAGAGGGUUUUUAAACUGCACACAAGUUUUUGUCUAAUAAACGGUAAACACUGA